AACCGCCUUUUCCAUAAAACAAAACCGCUCACUUGCAAUGUCUAUCUUAACACAAGUCAAAGGAGACGAAGACCAAAAGAUUUUCAAGCUGCAACGUCCCAUGCAAUUUUUUUCUGCCUCACUCCGCCUUUGCAUCUUCACCGGCUUCGGAUCACACCUCUUUCAUACUACGAGCUUGAGAAAAGAGUAACACUUUUAAAAGGCUUUUAGUGAGAACACCACUUGCAAGCAUCAUCUGUUUACCCUAAAAGGAAAAAGGACAAUGAGCUGCUUCGGUUGUUGUGGAGAUAAUGAUAUCCACAGAGCUGCUGAUACUGGACCGUUCAUGGCAAAUAAUUCAGCAGGCUAUCCUGGAGGUUAUUCUGCCAGAGAUGCUGCACCAAAAGAUACACAGGCUGAAACUAUCCAACCCAUUGCUAUCCCUGCCAUUCCAAUUGAUGAAUUGAAGGAUAUUACAGAUAAUUUUGGUACAAAGGCGUUAAUUGGUGAGGGCUCAUAUGGAAGAGUAUAUCACGGUGUCCUGACAAGUGGGCAAGAUGCAGCCAUCAAAAAGUUAGACUCCAGUAAACAACCUGACCUAGAAUUUCUUGCACAGGUCUCCAUGGUAUCAAGAUUAAAACAUGAAUAUGUUGUGGAGCUUAUUGGUUAUUGUGUUGAUGGUUCUCUCCGUGUCCUUGUGUACAAGUUUGCUCCUAAUGGGUCUCUUCAUGAUGUACUCCAUGGACGAAAAGCUGUCAGAGGAGCACAACCUGGCACAGUUCUGUCAUGGGCACAGAGAGUUAAAAUUGCUGUUGGGGCGGCAAGAGGACUCGAAUAUCUACAUGAAAAGGCAAAACCUCAUAUCAUCCAUCGUGAUAUCAAGUCCAGCAAUAUACUGCUUUUUGAUGAUGAUGUUGCAAAGAUUUCUGAUUUUGAUUUGUCAAAUCAAGCCCCUGAUAUGGCAGCACGUCUCCAUUCCACUCGCGUACUUGGUACCUUUGGUUAUCAUGCUCCAGAAUAUGCAAUGACUGGACAGCUGAGUUCAAAGAGUGAUGUAUACAGCUUUGGUGUUGUCCUUCUGGAACUCUUGACUGGUCGUAAACCUGUUGAUCAUACACUGCCGCGUGGACAGCAGAGCCUUGUGACAUGGGCAACACCAAAACUCAGUGAAGAUAAGGUAAAGCAAUGUGUUGAUGCCAGACUCAAUGGAGAAUACCCUCCGAAGGCAGUUGCAAAGAUGGCUGCUGUUGCCGCUUUGUGUGUGCAAUAUGAAGCUGAUUUUCGGCCGAAUAUGAGCAUUGUAGUUACAGCUCUACAGCCUCUAUUGAAUACUCGGCCCGCUGCCCCACGCGGAACACGGCACUCGUGAAUUCCUUCUGACACCUCAAUCUUCCUUGCAUGGCAUAUGUCACACGGUGAUUCCAAGGAGGAGGAGCAAGCGGCAAAGGUGCGAUUUUGGGAGAGAAAGAGAGAGAAGGGGAUGUUCUGGAGUUCGCUGAAGGUCAGUUACGUGGCAGCUGCUGAAGUGGUCGAAUGGGUGGUGCAAUCCAGCUGGCUUCUAGAAGGGCUUAGCAAAACGGUGUGUUUUGGCUAGCCUAGGGUUAUGCGUUUUAGUCUUAAGCUAGUGUUGUUUUAUGUCUUGAUAGUAUAUGUCGUUUUAUGUCCUGGGGGUUGCGUUUUGCAAGGGGCUCUAUAUAAAGCCUCGGGGUGUUUUUAUUAGGUAUCUUGAAGACUACUGAAUUGUGUUUGUUUUGGAGGGUGGCUUCCUCGAAUUGGCCUGGUUCUGUUCUAUCAGAUUUAUCAAUAUAUUUCAGUUAAUUUUCUUCCAA